CUAAUCGGGCAAUCAGUCGGCGCCGGGCUCCGUGAGAAUCGUUGUUUUUCCAAGCAAAAUGCAUCCGAGCAUGCUGCGAAAAUGUGAUGGAGUGAUUGUGGAUUUGCGUGCUUGAUGAUCAGCGCACGGUCGCCUUCUUGGUAUCCAUCUCACGUGCCCUGGGAUGACGAAGGCCCCCCCCCCUCCCUUGCGCUCACGUAUUUUUGCAUGUGACCGCACAGCGCUCGGUGUGCCACGGAAAGCUCGCAACUUUACUGACCGGGUAGAACGCUUUUUCGUCUUUUACAACCUUGCCUAAAUUGUCACAACAGCGUGGAUUUGUCGGUUUACACACCGGACGGAUGAAUCACGGUCACGGUGGGCCCCCCCCUUUUUGUCACGGCCAUCUACGAUGCACGCGUUGCAGUGAAGCGGCAAAGUGAAUGUCGAUAAUUCGUUUGUAAAAGCGUGCUUCCGCAUAGUUAGGAGCAUCGACUGCUGCCACUGCCGCGUGGCCAUGGUUCGCUGCACAGUUUAGACGGUGCUUAGUUCAGUGCGCAAUGGGUGGGGCCGGUUCAGCGCUAUAUUCAAGUCCGUAAAAGUGGGAACCAUCAUUUCACUUCGUACAAACCCCCGGCCUCCCCUGCUCUGCUUCGCGAAGGUUUUGACGGGGUUUUUAAAUGAUAAAAACGUGAGGUGUACACAACACUGCAUCUGCGGGUAGUCUGUCUGACGCUGUUCGACGUUGCAUCAAUGCCGUGCACCAGCUCCAGCCAGACAGCCAGCCAUCAACCAGCAGCAGCAAUGCCCGGUCAGACAGCGACACCCCCCACGCACAUACAUUCCACCUCGGCCUACUUUGUCGAAAAUGCAAAAAAACCCAGAUGUGGAACGCAUGAUUGCGGCACAAUUGCAUUAUGGGUGCGCGGCGUAUGGCGCGGUGUGGUUGAGAUGCUCCCCUGCCCCCCGGCCAGUUAGCGAUGAUGGCGACUCUCGUGUCAACUUCGUUACCGGACCGCGAUAGAUGAUACACAAAUCACAGAUUUCAUCAGUUAACCAUUGUGUGUUAGGGGUGUGGGGAGUUAUGCAUCCGAGAAUGAUCGAUCGCUGGAGCCGCAUGAAGCAACCGACGUUAGGGGGGAGGAUACGCGAGAGUGGUUCUUCGAUCGUAGCUCAUCUGUUUCGUAUUUGCAUUACCAUACGAUGAAAGAUGAUGAUGAUGAUACGCUGAUGACGAUGAUGGUCCGAUGCCAACGCGAUGACCUUCUCUGUCCCGCCGAUGGGAGUUUCUUGGGACUGGGCAUGAGAUUCAGUUUCAAGUAGACCCGAGGCCUAGGUGCGGCGGCCUUCCUUUGGGGAUGCCAAAGAGAUCGAUAACAGCGAGCAGCAGCAGCAGCACCAGCAGUAGUUAGCACACAUUUGCAAGCGUUUCGCACGAACCAUCACGCAAUAUUAGACACGCAUGCAUUCGCAUCCCCUGAGGAGAAGGGGGCCUCCGUUAGUCACACACACCCAGAAUGGCUUGGGUGGGGUAACGGAAGUGAAACGGUGCUGCUAUGACCACCGAUCGAUCGGCGAGCGUCGCACAACGUGGACGCCGGAUGAACUAAAUGCCUUCCUAUACUGGUGAGACUCGCUAAUGGUGUGAUGAUGGUGGUCCCAGGCCCUAGCUACGACGUUGUGUAGUCAAGUUUCUGCGCCGUCUGUAAGCCUAGUCGCCGGCGAUGGUCGAACCCUGAAUUCACCGAGGCCAACUUAUAGUGCUUCGGGUGAUGAUGAUGAUGGUGGUGGUGGUGCUGGUGGGAGGAGGUGCCUUCGAGGUAAGGCAUUACACGCCCGUUGGCAGCAUUAGAAGCACCGUUUCGUUCGUUCGCUUGCUCGCGAACGAUUUUCGAUGGUCCUCGCUCGAUUGAUCCAUUCCAUCCAACUCUCUUCAAGCCUUGAUCUUGACGGAAAACGGUGGUCUAACGGGAGAAACGGUCCGGUGUGACCCGUUAUGCUCUCGGGUAAGUGCACCAGUUUUGCAUCUGUUAUGCUGCUGCUGUUGUGCUUACCAACUUACUUACACAUUGCCGUACAACGUUUGCUUCGAAUAAUUUUGCAAACGUUCUUCGUAUCUUCCUUCGUUUUGGUAUCUCGACUCGACAGGAAAGUCCAACAGACACCCUCCGCUCCGUGGGAAGGCAAACAGCGCCCAUCGUCCAUCGUCAUCGAGAUGAAAGAAACUCAUUUCCUGACCAUUUUUCCCAAUGUUUUCUUUUCGAUGAGUGCUACGGUUUGCGCCAAAUAGUUAAUCAUGUGCAACAUCAACAUCUCAGGCAACAUGGGAAAAUGGUUUGGACGCCAUAAAUUUCCUUAUAAAUUAAUUUCCACAUGAGAUGAAUAGUGUUAUGGAUGCGCUAUGGGUUUUCCUCCGUCUGCUCUCUUUACUUCCAUUUCAAUGGGUUUCCACAGCAUGUCAAGCGUUUGAUCGUGUUCCAAUUCAGUUCCUACUGACGUGUAUUGGCCACAGUGACUAUUU